CAAAAAGUACAUAAAAUUAUGAAGUAUUUAGCAAAUCUUUUAGCUAAUAGGCAUAUUGAAUUGUUAGAGUCAUACUAUAAAGUUGUUGGAAUAGAUUUUUUACAACUAAUUCUAGAGAUUGAGACUCGUUGGAACUCUGUUUUAGAUAUGUUUGAAAAAUAUAUUAUAUUACAUCUAGUACUUAAAGAAAUGCAAUUAAAAGAAAUAUCAAUGCCAUUAUAUUUAGAAAUAAACAAAUUAUUAGAACUAGAAUUAACUUGUAAAAUUCUUAAACCAUUUGCAAUUGCAACAAUUCUUUCAAAAUAUUAG